AAACUGGUUCCACUAAAUCGCUGGCAGCGCUUUACAUCAUACUUGGUUUAGCGAUGGCUUGUGCUGCUACCAUUGGCGGUCUUUCCCUCCUUUCCCGAAGGGAGAAACUUUCAUCCGGCAAACUCAAAUUCCUUGAUGAAUUCAGCACAGUUACAAAGAGGGUUGUUGACUGGAUGCGUCCUCCGGUGCAGAGGGUUCUCGACUGGAUGCAUCCUCCGGUGAAGAGGGCCUUUGACAAAUCCGUACGCUUCAGUAAAAAUGCUAAAAGCUCCUUGGUGAAACGCACAGCAUCUAAAGAGGGCAGACAGUCCUUCCACAUCCGCGCGUACAUGACCGUUCGAGCCAAGGCCACGGGUAAGAAACAGGCCGACGACACUAGCACCGACACACCCAAGCAGAGGCGAUCCACAGUCCCCGCCUCGGCGCACGUCGAGAUCAGUGGCCCGAUUCCGAUCCCCGGCAAAGAAGUUGAGGAGGUCUACAGGGGCUUCACCAGACCUGUGCUGCUCGAAGGUGACGGCAGUCUUGCAGGCGAUGAGAUACAAGAUGAGGACUAUGUGUGUCCAGAUGUAUGCCGUCCUAUAGCCGUAUCAGCAAGGCCCAACGCUAUCCACGAGGAUGUUUACGAGAAGACCUCUUCUAUCUUGGCUUCAGCGGCAGUGACUCGUCCGGUGCACCUUGAGGAACAGGGACACUAUGAAGUAAGUGCCCGGCCAAGCCUCUACAGUCACAGCGAGAGCAGCAAGCCUAACUCAACAUGCCUACCGGCCAUGGACGCCGCCCAGAGUGCCGAGAUCUACUCGAAUGACUACGAAAGAACACCGAGGAAUUCGUGCAACCAGAAGCCCAGUCGCGUCGUGGCUCAUGCAGGAGCACGUGGGAACGCACGUCAAAGCACCUUCUCAGUUACAGAAGAGGAGGAUGACUAUGAAUGUGGUAUUGAUCUGAGCUGCAGUGUCGUCACGACUGUUGCAUGCCUUCAAUCAGACCAUGCCGGCGGAGCCAGCACGUCUUGGCCGACAGUGUUAGAAGAAGAUGCGUAUGAGUGUGACGAUACGUACGAGUGUGGAGUUGAUGUGGCGCACUCCAGUGUCGCACCAACGACUUUUACGAACAUUGCCCCGGACGCCGCCUUGAGCCGCGUGGCUAGCCGGUGGACUGCAGAAGAGGACGAGGACGAUGACGAUUACGGGUGUGAUGUUGACCUGAGCCGCAGCAUUCCCACGACGUGUGCGCAAGUUCCUACAGGCUCGAUAUCCAGCAGUGGCCGUAACCUGUCGGCAAUGGAAACCACCAGUGACGACUACCAGAUCGGAUAUCAUACACAUGCUGCUGGACGGGAUGCACGUUGCUCCACAGACUCUACAGAGGGCGACUAUCAAGCGGCGUACAGUUACGACGAAGAUAUUUACGAGGAGGUCAAAGAGAAGAUGAAUAGCAUGCGCAAACGGCCCUAGUACCAGCCACAGAGCAAACCGUAAACGACUAGGAACGAUCAAAGUUGCUUGCGUUCAGUGUCGUGCUAGUCCGGAGUUCUCAUCCCUGUGCAUGAAAAGCCGCAUAAAAGUCUUUCUCUUCUUUUCUCCACCGUCAUCUUUUUCCCGUCUCCCGUCCCGGCAUACCUCACUCUCCCUCUC